AUGCAAGCCCUCGGCUCCGCCGCUCAAGAUCGCAAAGCCCGCCUCGCCCAACUAAAGUCCCUCAAACGCAAACAACCCGACACACCAGACACCCAAUCCGACUCCCUCGAACCCACACCCAAAUCGCCCCGCAACGAUACGAAUUCAUCCGACGACCUCGAUCCCACGAGCAAAUACCUCUCCGGCCGAAACUACGACGCCGAAACCCGCGGCGCGAAACUCGGCUUCGAAGCCGCACCCUCAGAAGGAAAAGAAACCCUCGAGAAGAAAGCCGCCGAACUCGCCUUGGAGACUCGACGUCAAGCGGAAGAAGAGGAGAAAGCGGAUAAGCCGCUGGAUCUGUUCAAAUUACAACCGAAAAAGCCGAAUUGGGACUUGAAGAGGGAUUUGGAUCGGAAGUUGGAUGUGUUGAAUGUGAGGACGGAUAACGCGAUUGCCAGGCUGGUGAGGGAAAGGAUUGCGAGGCAGCAGGAGGCGGCGAGGGAGAAGGCUAAGAGUGGUGCUGUGAAUGGGAGUGCUGCGCAGGAGACCAAAGGGGGUGGGGAUGUGGAGGCUGCGGGGAUAGAGGGGACGACGUUGGUGGAGGCGGCUAAUGUGAGGGAGAGGGAAGAUGAGGAGGAGCUUAGGCGGGAACGGGAGGAGGAUGAGGCUUUGUUGGAUGGGAGUUGA